AUGUAUAUCGCCAGCAACGGGAUUCUCACAUAUUUACAUCGUUUGAAAAAGGAUGAAGAUCCAGUAAUCGUGGACGAUAGCGUCACAAUCAGCGACACUAAGACGUCACAGCCGAUAUUCACCAUUGACGUCACGGAUGCGGACACAACCGAUCUCGUGGCGGUUACUUCCGGUUUCAGCGUCAUGAAGACUGCCGGAAGUUCCCUUUUCUCGGUGGUUAAGACUGCCACGGGAUAUGAUAUUCGCAGCGGCGCCUCCUUGAGUGCCGGAAGUUAUCCACUGAAUAUCACUGCCACCGACCGCUGCGGCGACACCGCCACCGGAACAAUUACAGUCACCGUUACUAAUACAGCCCCGGUGUUUGUUCCGGUUUCUCUUCUGACCGUUCACCCGACCCCGAUCAGUGACGUCACGACAACGGCUAGGUCUCUCUAUGCAUUUGACGCCACGGACUCGAACCCAAUUACGUGCACAGUCGAUAACACCAAGUUCGAAAUCAAAACGCUUGGAUCAGCCUACGGCCUUUGGCUGAAGGCGGAGUCAGCGAGUACGCUGAAUCAUGACGUCACCGCUGUAGAAUCCAUGACGAUCACGUGCAGUGACGGGACGGACCAAAUCACCAGCAGUUACAAGGUGGACAUUUCGGACGCGGCGCCACAGGACAGCUUCUUCAAUGUGGUUCCUGGCACGGCGCCGACAUUUGCCAUCUGGGUGAAAGCCGGCGUGAAGUUGGACGCGGCGACGUCACCUUUCCUCGUUAACGUUCAGUGCGUUGAUGACAGAUCGCCGGCGAAUAUCAUAACCGAAACGUUCACGGUUCCCUUACUUGAUAAGCCUCCGACGUUCGUUACGGGAAUUCCCGGCACAUCUCCGUCUAUUUCCGACUCGACCGUCACCUCGACGUCACUCGGUGUCUUCACCGUUACCGAUCCCGACACGACAUGCAGUAUUACGUCAUCGCUGACGUCAGUGUAUGAGAUCAGACCCGUGACGUCACCGGCAGAUCUUCAAAAGCCGGAGUUCCAAGUGUGGGUCAGUGCCGCCGUUACACAAGCGUCUAUAGACUUCAAUGACCAGGCGGUUCCGUUGCCGUUGACGAUCACGUGUACGGAUGGAAACACCGCCAUCACGGGAACGUUCAACGUCAAUAUUAUCGACGAGCCUCCGGUGAUAUCAGUACUUCCGGCGAUCGGAACGGCUAUCAACGACGGGUUGCAGACGGUCGCCACAAUCCUCCAACACGUUCAGCGUGACAGACAGCGAUGA